AGGGUAACAAAAAAACGAGAUUUUUCUGAAACGAAGUAGACACAGGUCCGUUAAACCCUUCUCCAGUUUGCAUUAUCCUGAACCUGAAUCACGCACGCACUGUUCAGGGAAGAGCCGAAGGAGUGGAAUUUCAACUGUGGCUAUCCAUUCUCCCUCACUAUUCAAUGGUACUUGACCCUUGAAAAUAUUAAAGUUAUGUCCUUUUCUGGUGAAUUAACAAAACCCAGUUUUUCAAUUGGUCAAACAGAAAUGCCUAUUCUUACAUUUGGUCAUUCUAAGUUGGGUGCUACACUAGCUCUUAGGUUGCCAUGUAACUGCUUUAGGAGGAUGGGGUUGAUUACAAAGCUUCAGUAUUCUGUUACGAAUAGUGUAUUGGCUUCUAGAACUGUGGAUUCGCCGGGGUCCAAGCGGGACUCUGGUCCGGUGAGUAGGAGGCGGGGAGGCCCCUCGUCGCUAUACGUUCGGCCUAGUUUAUCGGAUAUGAAGAAAGAUAAGGCGGUGAUGCGUGAGAAGGUUUAUGAGUUCUUGCGGGGGAUCGGCGUUGUUCCUGAUGAGCUUGAUGGUCUUGAACUUCCUGUGACGGUUGAUGUUAUGAGGGAGCGCGUGGAUUUUCUUCACAGCUUGGGGCUUACGAUUGAGGACAUUAACAACUAUCCACUUGUUCUUGGCUGCAGUGUCAAGAAGAACAUGAUUCCUGUGCUUGAUUUCCUUGGAAAAUUGGGGGUCAGGAAAUCCACUUUCACGCAGUUUUUGCAGAGAUAUCCACAGGUUCUCCAUGCCAGUGUGGUUGUGGAUCUUGUACCGGUGGUCAAGUAUCUUGAGGGGAUGGAUAUCAGGCCCAAUGAUAUUCCUCGUGUUCUCGAGAGGUACCCUGAAUUGCUAGGAUUCAAACUUGAGGGAACCAUGAGCACAUCGGUUGCUUAUUUGAUUGGUAUUGGUGUGGGGAGAAGAGAACUUGGAGGUGUCUUAACUAGAUAUCCAGAGAUUUUGGGGAUGCGAGUUGGUAGAGUCAUCAAGCCUUUUGUGGAAUAUCUAGAAAGCUUGGGAAUUCCAAGGCUAGCUGUAGCUAGAUUGAUAGAGAAUCGGCCUUAUAUUCUUGGGUUUGGGCUGGAUGAGAAGGUGAAGCCAAACGUCAAAUCGCUUGAAGAGUUUAAUGUUAGGAGAACAUCACUUCCCUCUGUAAUUGCGCAGUAUCCUGAUAUCAUUGGAACUGACUUGAAGCAAAAGCUUCUCAAUCAGAGAAGUGUGCUCAAUUCUGUACUUGAUUUGGAUCCUGAGGAUUUUGGACGAAUUGUUGAGAAGAUGCCACAGGUAGUUAGCCUCAGCAGUGGACCUUUGCUGAUGCAUGUUGAUUUUCUUAAGGAUUGUGGGUUUUCCUCGCAGCAGAUGGGGAAGAUGAUUGUUGGGUGCCCUCAACUACUUGCUUUAGACAUUAACAUCAUGAAACUCAGCUUCGAUUUCUUCCAUAUGGAAAUGGGAAGGCCUUUGGAGGACUUGGUUACUUUUCCAGCAUUCUUCACGUAUGGUUUGGAGUCAACUAUAAAACCUAGGCAUAAGAUGGUGGCCAAGAAAGGGUUGAAGUGUUCUCUGUCAUGGAUGCUGAAUUGUUCUAAUGAGAAAUUUGAGCAGCGAAUGGACUAUGACACUAUUGAUAUGGAAGAGAUGGAAAUGGAACCAUCAUUUGACAUGAAUUCAUUGAUGCAGCCAAGGAGUGAUGGAUCAGAUUCUGAUUAUGAAGACAGUGAUGAUGAUUAUGAUUAGAAUGAUUACAUUACUUCAAAACUAGUCUGCCUGGGUGAAUUUUGAUCUUCUAGUGGAUGAUGUUUAUGCAGUUAGUUUCGAUGUUGCACCAUUGGAAAGGUAGCCCUGAUAUAACAAUGACCAUGGUGACAUUUCAGCUCCUGGCAACCAGCUGAGACAUAUUUUUGCAAGGUGAAGGGUACCUGAUGGUUAUGAAUUGCACUUGAGUUUUUAUCCCUAUCACUGAGUGCUUGUUCUUUGUUAUUUUUCAUUGACAUAAGGAUAAGGCUCUCUCUGCUUGAGGUUAGCAUUACCUUAUUUUAUUCAGUUGUGCUUUUGUACCUUUAUGUAAAGAAAUAUAUCUUGUACUUGUUUCUUCCAUGCUGCUAAUUUGUGAACCUGGAAUCCUUCUUGAA